AUGUUUGGAUCUUCCAGUACUGUUGAAAUUGAUAGUCAAGAAGUGAUGGAUCGAAUGGAGAAUGUUCUCAGGGAUAUCUCCAAGCAACCACAACCAAUCGGUCAUGGAAAACUGAGUGAAUUUCUCGAUCGAGAUGAUGAUGCCGACUCCGAAUUGAAGAAGGCUAUUUCAUUGCAGUACGGAAAUUGUUGCGAUUUGGCCAAGAGAUGGAUGUAUGGUGACCAACAACAAAACAAGAAGAUGAUGAAGAAGAAGGACUAUCACGACAUGACCAUCAGUGCUCCUCAACAACUGGAUACUCAUCUUCUCUUGUUAUUGGAUGAUAAUCUCAAAUAUGACAUUGUGGAAUUCAUUCCGACCUAUUCUCGUUGGCCCUCUCUCAAACAAAAUGAUCAAUUCAUGGACGAGAUGGAUAUUCCCUAUGAUUACAAGAAGAAUGAUGAUGAAGAUCAGCAAAGAGUCAUCUCUCUGCAACGAGAAGAGCAUGUUGAGUAUGCUCGUAGGGAUCAACCUAUUGUUACCUAUCACAAGAUGAGAUUGGUGAGUAAGGUUUUCAACAAUCGUAUGAUGAGAAGUAUCUUGCAAGUGAAGGAAAUUAUUCUGAACAGUUCUGAAUAUGAAACAGACGUGUGGGAUUAUUUCCUGACCUUUCUCAGAAAGCAGAGAUUAUUCAAAGAAGGGAAUGGAAAGCUUCUUCCAACCUCGGAUGGAAUUUACUUGUAUAGGGAUGGUGUGGAAGAAUUGAGAAGUUUAAGCACCAAAAAGUCAUCAGAAGCUAAACAAUCAAGUUCCCUCUUUAAGUCGACGGGAAUCAGCAUGUUGGGUGGUGGCUCGACCACUACUGGAACUCCUUCAUUCUUUUCAUCCACAAACACGAGUGGUAGCAGUCUCUUUGGUAACUUUGGUAGUAGUUCUUUGGAUGACGAGUCUUCGAGCUCUGCAGUUGAGUCAACCGAUGUUGCUCAGAAGAGUGAAUCUGGAGAGUCGAUCACAACAACUCUUGCCUCUACUGACAUCUUUUCAGAAAGUCUUGAAACUCUCCAGAGUCACAAGGGAAUUCGUCAGAAACGUUCCGCCAAAAACACUUCUGUGUUUAAUUUCGCACCACCAACCGAAAAUUAUACUAAUGCCUAUCCAAUUUCUCAAUUCAAAUUAUCUCUUCAUCGUGACAUUUAUAAUCACCUUCUUGUCGAAGAGUUUAUUGGAGAAAACACUACCAUUGAAAGGUUGGUGUUGCUGCACUCAAUUUCACCUUUGUUUCUUGAAGCCAUCCUUAAUCAGUUAAAGAAACUCAAAAAAUUGGAUCUAUUGAGCGCUUGUAAAUUCCCAGAAUCUCUUUCCCAUCAAUCUCUUGAGGAAAUUACGACCAUGAGGGAGACUGCUAUCACGAGUGAGCAAUGCAUUCAGUUACCAAAUCUAAAAAAGAUCAUCAAACUCAAGAGCUUUGAGGUCUUUACCUUUAGUUCAGCAAUGCCAACUGGUCUCCAGCAUAUCACAGAGGAACGACAGCCAUGGCAAAUCAUUGAAUACUUGGAAGAAUUUCAUCCUUCGUUGAGAAUGAUACUCAUUGAAAAUUUCUUCAGAUGUGAUCCGCUAAGCAACAAUUCUUCAUUCAGUUUUUCUUCACACUAUUCGUUAGUUCGUGGACUUUUCCAAACACCAAUCGCGAAUAUAGAACGUGCUAAAGAGAUUCUGGAUUACAUCAUUAAGACACACAAUUUCCCAUGUGAAAGUAUAAUGAUCACACAUUUAGAACCACAUACCGACACCUGCCAGUGCUUGUUGCAAUAUUUUAUUUAUUUAUGCAAUGAGUAUCAAAAUGGAAGAUUAAUGAACAUUAGUAGUACCAUAUCUCAGUCGGGUGCCAAGAUUGUAAUGAUAGCCAUUGAUUUUGGUUGGCAUUUUUGGAAACAACACAUGGAGCUUCCUUUCUUUGUUUGUGGAGAUAAAAAGACGAAUACCUUGCUGAAUAAGGUUUUAGAGCUCAUUCAUUCUAAAAUUGAUGAAGAAAUUCUCAAGUCAAUAUUCAAUGCUUAUUUGCUUGGUUCCAAACUUUCGGAUCUAGAGAGCAUUAUUUCCUUCUUUUUACUUCACAAUAUUGAGCUCUUAACAAAAACCGUGAUUAGAAGUGUAAAAUGUACCUUGUCGUUUAGUCAGGACAAUAUUUGCAAAAUUCCACUGAUUGGGCUUUUAUUUGUUCGUUGUAAUCCAUAUGGAGGAUUAUUAUUGGAAAGCAUCAUUGAUCACAUGUCGAUUGAGGAUUUUGAAAGUGUGCGAGUGGAAGAAAAGGGUGACAAUAUUUUGCAUCUUUAUCUCAAGUCUAUGACCUCUCUUGAAGGAGCGCUAGUGAAUGUUGUGUUUUUAUUGAAAUUGCUUCGAAAGUCAAGAAAAUUAGCCACAAUUCCAAACAAUGAAAAGUUGACACCUCUGCAAAUUUGUCAAAAAAUUGAGAAUGAAUAUUUUCAGGCAAUUCUUACAAGAGAAUUCUUGUCGAAUUGA